CCCUCUGGGCCUCGGCCCGGGUGGGGUCGUGGGUGGGCGGGCGCUGCCUCCGCUUCCUGCCCCUGGAUCCUGUGGCCGUUGUGGCCCCGUCCCCAGUUGCAGCUGGGGCCCCACUGCUUGCUCCUGGCGUCUGACCUUUGAGCGAGCGCCUCGCCUGUAAGCCUCAGUUUCCUUCUUUGCGACCCUCGCGGAUUCUGCCCGCCCCAAGGGGGCGUUGCGAUCAAGGAAAGCAGCCUGAGCCCGCGCCGGUGCAAGAGAUGUGAGGUGCGCCUUUAGAUUCCCUGUGCCCGCAAGCUCCUGAUUUCCAGUGACCCCAGGGCGGAAGAGCUUAUCGUGUACAUGGGAGCAGUAACCAACUAUGGAGGAUAAGGCUGUGUCUAUGCAUGAUCCUGCCCACAUAACAGUAAAGCCACCUCCAAACACAUGCCCCAGGGCCUCAGUCUCUAUGCAAAACCUAGAGAGUGGAGAUCUCCCCAAGCCCCAUGAGGAAGCUGGAUCCUCAUGGGACCCUCUGAGGACUGGCAUUUGAACCACCAAUGAGGUUUCAAGGUCUCUCCCGUUUUGCCUCUUCGUUGCUACUCAUGCACCACACCUUCCAGGGAACUGUUUGAUUUAUUUCUAGAAAAACAGCAUUGGGUAAGUCACUGAAGCCUCCCCAAACUUGGACACUUUCUUGUGGGGUCUAGAGCCCAUUGGACAGAGCAGAAUAGAAGCAGCCAAAGGCCAGGGAAAGAACUGAAGGGUUCCAGGAUGGCGUUCAAUGGCACGGUCCCUUCCUUUUGCAUGGACUUUACUGUAUACAAGGUCACCAUCAGUGUGAUCCUCAUAAUCCUCAUCCUCGUCACCGUCGCCGGCAAUGUGGUUGUCUGCCUGGCUGUGGGCUUGAACCGGCGGCUCCGCAGUCUGACCAACUGCUUCAUUGUGUCCUUGGCAGUCACAGACCUGCUCUUGGGCCUCCUGGUGCUGCCCUUCUCUGCCAUCUACCAGCUGUCCUGCAAAUGGAGCUUCAGCAAGGUCUUUUGCAAUAUCUACACCAGCCUGGACGUGAUGCUCUGCACGGCCUCCAUCCUCAACCUCUUUAUGAUCAGCCUUGACCGCUACUGCGCCGUCACUGACCCACUGCGGUACCCUGUGCUCAUCACCCCAGCCCGGGUCGCCAUCUCUCUAGUCUUCAUCUGGGUCAUUUCCAUCACUUUGUCCUUCCUGUCUAUUCACCUGGGUUGGAAUAGCAGGAAUGAGACCAGCAAGGAUAAUGACACCAUUGUCAAGUGCAAAGUCCAGGUCAACGAAGUGUAUGGGUUGGUGGAUGGACUGGUCACCUUCUACCUACCUCUGCUGAUAAUGUGCAUCACAUACUUCCGCAUCUUCAAGAUCGCUCGGGAACAGGCCAGGAGAAUCAAUCACAUCGGUUCCUGGAAGGCAGCCACCAUCAGGGAGCACAAAGCCACAGUGACACUGGCUGCCGUAAUGGGAGCCUUCAUCAUCUGCUGGUUUCCUUACUUCACCGUUUUUGUUUACCGUGGGCUGAAAGGGGAUGAUGCUGUCAAUGAGGUGUUUGAAGAUGUUGUUCUGUGGCUGGGCUAUGCCAACUCAGCCUUGAACCCCAUCCUGUAUGCUGCCCUCAACAGAGACUUCCGCACUGCAUACCAUCAGCUCUUCUGCUGCAGGCUCGCCAGCCACAACUCCCAUGAGACUUCUCUGAGACUGAACAACUCUCAGCUAAACAGGAGCCAAUGCCAAGAACCCAGAUGGCAGGAGGAUAAACCCCUGAACCUCCAGGUGUGGAGUGGGACAGAAGUCACGGCUCCACAGGGAGCCACAAACAGGAAGCUGUCUGUGUCCUGCACCAUGUGCUUCAGCAACAUCCUGAGUUGCUGCAAGAACCUGUGGGGGCUUCGGUUCCUUCAGAGACACCUGGGAGAUCCCUUGGAGGAACAGCCUGAGGAGCCACUGUCUGAGAAGACCCAGACCACACCAGACCAGGAAGAGAUGAGGGCACUGCCCUCUGAGGCUGUCUAGAGCAGCCCAAGGACAUGAAGAUAUUGGUCCUGGUCACCCAAAUUUGACACGGGAGCUCCUAAAGACCCUGCACUCACAGCCGCUGAGGAAGAACCCUCAGGUGCUGUGGUCCUGUAGCCCAGGGCCAACAGCCUGUUCUGUGCUCAGUAUCCCCAGAAAGGGGCUCAACACUCUUCUGGGCUGAAUUCCAGGGCUUCAAAGCUCACAUUGGUGCUGGCCCUAGGAGUCAUGUGCAGAGACAGCAGGAUUUACAGGGAUGUGUUUGCGCAUGUGCAUGGAUGCAUACAUGUAGGAACAUGCGUGUCCUCAGAGCAGGGCAGAGGGUGUUGCUCUAAAGCACUGUCCUCUCACUGCCUUGUGAGGUCUGCAGGAUGAAGGAAACAAAGGGUAGGAAAGGAAAGAAGGAAAGGAGAGGAGAGGAGGAAAGAAAAUUGCCUUCAUAAACAUUUGCUAUGUGCCAGGUAUUUCACUUGCAUGAGCUCUCAGAAUCCUUAUAAUAUACGGUUAGGGUCAGAGCCACCUCCCCCACCGCCACCCCCUUUACAGAGGCUCAGAGAUGCAUAGGGCCUGAUUGAGCCACUCAGCUAGAAAGUACACCUGGCACAUAGGAGGUACUAGGAAACUAUUUGUUGAAUGAAUAGGUGAAUAAGUGAAUGGAUGGAUGGGAGAAUGGGGGAAAAGCCAAACCUCACACCCAUACUCUUGACACUACAAUACACUGCCUCUCCAAAGAGAGGCCAAGGUAUUUCUUUGUUCAGCCUACCCUCCUGCUAGCGGGCUCAGCCCCUGAGGCCUAGGGAUACCGUCACACUAAAGUCUGACCUUCUCUGGUGCUUGUUAUCAACAAAAAGCUGUGUACAGGGAACUCACUGGGGACAGGGUGACUUUCUGGUGUCAGGGAGGACCGAUGCAGGUGCAGGGCUGCAGAGGCUGUGAAUGGGAGAGUUGACCCAGAAGUUGGUUCUGCUGGUCACGUGAUCUCGGACACGUCACCUUACCCCUCUAAACAACAUUCUCCUCCUUCAUUUGAGAGUUAAGCACUCUUUUCUUAUUUAUGAGAUUAUUGAAGAGACCCAAAGAGAUGGGAUGAUGAGAAUUUUAGAAAUAUGAGGGUGUUGAUGGGCUUCUCUGCCCCCAGGGUUUCUCAGUGGCGCCUUCUCAGUGACCCCACCCCUACCUGACACCCACUCUUCUCUUGGCUUCCAAAAUCCCAUCCUGGUUUUCUCCCACCUUGUCUACCCAUGAUUUUUCAAUCCACUUGCGACUCAUCUUUCCCUGCCCAGCCAUCACAUGCAGCCCUUCCCGAGUGCUGCCCUGAGCCUGGUCUCCUCACUACAGUUGAUCUCACUCUGUCGCCUUGGCCACAUCAUGACUUCAGCUCUGAAGCAUGAGGUUAUUACUGAAGCAUGAGAGAACUGUAGACACUCUGCUGCCUACCCAGAGGCCAUGUCAAAGAUGUCUAACCUUUAGUGCGUCUGUAAUUGUGCUCUUGAUCCUUUCCCUGGACUUGCUCCUCUCCUGGACGUCCCGUUCUCAGUUAAAAGCCCACCAUGUGCCUCAAAGGGUGAGAGUCACUUUGGGCACAUGCCUUUGCCUUGCUCCUCAAGGCUAGUCCUCCUGAGUCCCUCUGCACGUAUCUACCACCCAAGAUUCCCUGCAUCUGCCCUGUGACCACUCAAUUCAACUGCCAUGGUCUCCCCUGGGGUGCCUGGAACAGCUUCUCGUACUCCUCCUCCACAUUGUCCACCCCAUUUCCCCCCUUCCUCCCUGUACCCCGCAGCCACAGUGGGCUGUGCAAAGUACAACCCUGAUUGCAUCACGCACAGAAUAAAACCGUCCUCCUCAUGCCCCGCCAGCCCUGCAUGGUUGACCUUCACAUGCCCUUCCAGCCUCCUCCUGCGGCACUCGGCACUCUUCUCCCCCCUUCUCUUUGCUUCAGCCCUACUUGCCUUUCUAUUUAUUUAUUUAUUUAUCUCUCACUGCUCCUUCCAGCAGCCUGGUCACUCACAGUGCUAUUCCAGGAAAUGCCCUUCUUUUUCCUAGAGCCAAUUGACUCCAUGAGAUCUCAGCUAAAAUGUUGUUUCCAUGAGAAAGUCUUCCUUGUUCCUAAAUGCUAAAUCAAGUCCCUACCACACAUCCUCAGACCUUUUCUUGGAUGCAACUGGCAUGAUUUUAAUGCCAUUGUCUCUUCUGUGAUUCUUUAAUGAAAAUCAUCUGCCUCCCAUACUCAUGAGCUCUUUCUGUUGACCGCUGUCUGUCUACCCCUGAAGAGUAUUGGCAACAGUAAAAACUUAGUAUCUGUUCAGUGAUUGAACAGAGAAAAUAAAGUGCAGAAACUGGUCAAUGCCAACAGCUUAAACAGCUUAGCUGCCAAUAAACCUCAAGGUAUUAUUUGCCUUUGUGACCCCCAGAGAUACUUUGAUUUAUCAGCUGAAUUCCUUCUGGAAACCCAAAAAUUGCCUCUCUGGAAGUUUUUAUAAGUGUCUGUGGCAGGUGGGUCUCUAAGUGAUGGCCAAGUGAUGGAAAUGUAAGAUCUCCAAUGCCUGAUUGCAGACUUUGAUAGUCAGGCUUCCAGUCUCAGAGCUCACAGACCACUUUGCACUGUAGAGGACUCCUGCAAGUCUGUGUCUGACCUACGUCCUCCCCUUAGGAGGCCUCUGAGAGCCCCUGCUGGCUGCAGAAAUUGAGUACAUGUUGCCCGGAGGAGGAAGAUCUGUGGUGGGACCCUGAAUCAAUGCCCUAUGUCACCAUUGUGUCCCAAUAAAGCUAUCAAGACAGA